AUGUCAUAUAAGAACCAUCAUAACGAGGCUAAUUAUCAAAAGUGUAUGAAUUGUCCCAGACGAAACCUCCAUUGCGUAAACUCCACAUCCAGCCGUCGUCAGCAAUACCACCGCAGUACUCAAGAUAGUCAGCUGCAUUGUAGCCAUAAAACAUACACUCGAUCGCACCAAUCGUUUCGAAUUGGCAUUCAUUACCUCAAUCUUUAUUCUCGAAAUCAACCACGUACUGUCCCCUAUCAAACCACCUGUCCUUCGUCGACGUCUGCCUUUUCACCACCUUUAUCAUCGCGAUUAAUAUUUUUAUUAUUAUGUAUCACAUGCAUUCUGAGCAAUGCGGGCACCACUCUUGCCUCUUCAUUCUCUCCAAUUCCUAGAUAUGCGCACACCUCAACGUUAUUCAACAACAGGCUCUAUAUUUUCGGCGGACAAUCCGCAGAUUCGAUACUUAACGACAUGUUCUAUUUAGAUCUUUCGUCCUCAUUUUCCACCACUGCUCCACCGUGGGUUAGCGCACCGUCAUUUCAGGUGCCCGUAAGAACUGCGUGGGGUGCUGCGUUCAAGGGUGGAAGCAACAUGUCAACUAUCUUUCUUACCAAUGGAUUGAUGCAGCCGGUCGGGAACGAGGGCACCGACAUUAGUAGUACUUAUCAGUUUGAACCUGAUUAUCGACUAUGGAGCUCAUCCUCAGCGAGCGGUUCAACUCCGGAGAGAAGGACAAACUUUCAAUAUGCAGACGAUGAUCAUGGGAAAAUCUAUAUUUUUGGUGGUUACAAAGAGGUCGCUAAUAAAACGAGUAAUUCGACUGUUCGUGUAGGGUUCAACGAUAUUUUCGCAUUUGACAGUGUGUCUUUGAGUUGGACGCAAGGGUCGACCGUUGAUGCUCCUCCACCAACAAGCGAUGCAGCAUGUGUAAUGUUGAGUGACGGAAGGAUAUUAUUCAUCGGAGGGAAGAUGUUACGUGAUAAGAAUACAUGGGUGGAUGCAUCCAUGAACCAGAUUCCGAUUUAUGACACCAAGCUUGCAAAAUGGUCGACUAUGGUCACAGACGGAAGAACAAUCGUUCCAAGAUCCGGUCACACGGCAGUUAUAACUCCCGGUGGAAAAAUCAUAAUCUUUGGUGGAGUGAUAGGCUCAUCCAAGGUGGCGCCCGAAGACCCGGUCGUCAUACUGGACACCACCACUAAACCAUUUAGUUAUAGCACACUAAAUGGAUAUGUACCUCCAGAUGCUUUGGUUUCUAACCAUGAGGCCAUCGUUUAUCAGAAUUAUAUGUUUGUUAUUUUUGGCAUAAUAAACCACAACGUCUCUUCCAUUCCAAGAUCUCCAAGUUCGCAAAUUUACGUUCUAGACUUUAAUACAUACAGCUGGGUCACUACCGCCAAUAUCCAAUCCGAUUCACGCAGCAAAUGGUUCAUCAUUGCUGUCUGCAUUACUGGCGCUCUGAUCACCGUAAUAUUCGUGACGAUCGGCUUCAUAUAUUAUAGGAAGUACAAAAAGUCCAGUGAAUCGUCAAGUGUCAAGAGUGUGACAGGUCUCGAGAGUGAAAAAGGUGGGGAUGGAAAGAGCGAUUGUGGAACAGAGAGUUAUAAUCCAUACGAAAGUUAUAAUCCGUAUGGUGAAAAGAGCAUUGAUGAAGAGAACGAAGACGACGGCGACGACAGCGAGAACCGAUUUUCGAUAUCUAUUGCUAACAUUCAAAUCAGCAAAGCAUAUUUCGAAAAGUACCCCACUCAUUCCGGAAACUCUGGCCUCUCAAUAUAUUCUUCCCAUUCUGGACAUAGCUCUUCACAUGGACUAAUUCAUUCGCCGGGCUACACGUUUAGUGCACCGAAUUCACCAGGAUACGCGUUGAACGUACCUAAUUCGCCGAAAUAUCCGUUGAGCGCGCCUACUUCACCAAAAUACGCGUUGAGCGUACCUAAUUCGCCGAAAUACCCGUUGAGCGCGCCUACUUCACCGAGAAACACGAGGUAUUGA